CUCUCUCUUUCUCUCUCUGACACACACAGCAGCAUCCUCUCUCUCAGCGCGACUCCUCCGGGGGAUCGGGAGUAGACUCUCAAACUUCCAGCAGCUUCCCAUUUGUGCACAACCUUUGAGAGAGGAUUCACAAAAACAACGACGAGGUGUGGUGAUGUUGCUACAUGCCAUUUGCCAUAUGUUCCUUUCCCUUUCAAUUCAGGACUGAUGUCCACAUGGUGUGUCCCUCAAUGUGCCCUCCUCUUUCCCUGACCAUUUCAUGGGCCUCAAACCAACCCCCGCUGCGCCACUCUCAAGCCUCACCCUUGGAUCCUCACCCCUAAUCUUCACCUUUGACCCCACACCUCACCCACUCCGUCCUCUCCUCUUAUUUUGACUGCCCCCUGAAAAACAACCCUCUCUGCAACCCGAACAUGGUUGCCCGGGCUCUCGUCAUGGUCAUGAUGUGUCGAGGUGUCCUGCUGUCCGUUGGAGACCCACCUCAGUCCCGUCGGGAGAUUCGGAUAGAGGGCGACCUAGUGCUGGGGGGCCUGUUCCCAGUGCAUGAGAAAGGAGCUGGGAUGGAGGAGUGUGGGCGUGUCAAUGAAGACAGAGGGAUCCAGAGACUGGAGGCCAUGCUGUUUGCAAUUGACAGAAUCAAUAUGGACAACACUUUGUUGCCUGGCAUUUCCCUUGGCGUCCACAUCUUGGACACAUGUUCUCGAGAUACCUAUGCACUGGAGCAGGCGCUGGAGUUCGUUAGAGCAUCCCUCACCAAAGUGGAUGACUCAGAGUUCAUCUGUCCAGACGGCUCCUAUGCUUUACCGGAUGAUAGCCCACUUGCCAUCGCCGGCGUUAUCGGAGGGUCUUUCAGCAGCGUCUCCAUACAGGUUGCCAACCUUCUCCGACUCUUCCAGAUCCCCCAGAUAAGCUACGCCUCAACCAGUGCCAAACUCAGCGACAAGACCCGCUACGACUACUUUGCCCGCACCGUGCCCCCAGACUUCUACCAAGCAAAAGCGAUGGCUGAGAUCCUGCGCUUCUUCAACUGGACAUAUGUUUCCACUGUGGCAUCAGAGGGUGAUUACGGUGAAACAGGCAUAGAAGCCUUUGAGCAAGAGGCCCGCAUGAGGAACAUCUGCAUUGCCACUUCAGAGAAAGUGGGACGUUCUAAUGCUAAGAAGUCUUACGAAGCUGUGAUCCGCCAGCUCCUCCAAAAGCCUAACGCCCACGUUGCCGUUCUCUUCUUGCGUAGCGACGAUGCCAGAGAACUGCUGGCAGCUGCCACGAGGUUGAAUGCCUCCUUUAUCUGGGUGGCCAGCGACGGCUGGGGGGCACAGGAGAGCAUCAUCAAGGGAAAUGAGAUCACCGCCGAAGGAGCAAUCACAUUGGAGCUCGCGGCCAAUCCUGUCCCAGAGUUCAACCGCUACUUUCUCAACUUGAACCCGGAGAAAAACGUCAGAAACCCCUGGUUUAGGGAAUUCUGGGAGCAACGGUUCCAGUGCUCCCUAGGCGGUGUUGGUGGAGGAGAGAUGUUGCUGCCCUCGUGUGACAAGAAUUUAUCGAUGGACAAGAGAAACUUUGAGCCUGAAUCAAAGAUCAUGUUUGUGGUGAAUGCAGUGUAUGCUAUGGCUUUUGCCCUCCAUAAUAUGCAACGGAACCUUUGCUUCAACACCUCCAAGCUGUGUGACAGCAUGAAGGCCUUGGAUGGGCGCAGACUCUACAGGGACUUCAUCCUUAACGUCAGCUUCCCAGCCCCAUUCUCCCCCUUGGGCAGUGAAACGACUGUGAAGUUCGAUUCCCAGGGGGACGGCAUAGGUCGCUACAACAUCUUCAGCUACCAGCGCUUGGGCGAUCGCUAUGGUUAUGUGCCAGUAGGCGAAUGGGCAGAGAGCUUGAGCCUGAACAGCGCUCUGAUACACUGGCCCAGAGAAGCGGUGCCCACCUCUCAGUGCAGCGACCCCUGUGAGCGCAAUGAGAUGAAGAAAAUGCAGGCAGGUGAGUAUUGCUGCUGGAUCUGCACUGCCUGCGAGUCUCAUGAAUACCUGGCGGAUGAGUUCACGUGCUCACCCUGUGCUCCGGGUCAGUGGCCCACAGACGACCUGACAUCCUGCUAUGAGCUUCCUGAGGAUUAUAUUAUGUGGGAAGACGCGUGGGCCAUUGGUCCAAUUACAAUUGCCUGUGUAGGGUUCAUGUGCACGGGCCUUGUGUUCUGGGUGUUCAUACGACACAAUAACACGCCGCUGGUGAAAGCGUCAGGCAGAGAACUGUGUUACAUCCUUCUCCUGGGCGUCUUCAUGUCCUAUGCCAUGACGUUCCUCUUCCUGGCCAAGCCAUCUCCUGCUAUCUGCGCCCUGCGGCGACUCGGCCUGGGAACAUCUUUUGCUGUGUGCUACUCGGCCCUCCUUACCAAAACCAACAGAAUCGCCAGGAUUUUCAGCGGGGUGAAAGACGGGGCGGGGGCAGCAAGGCCGCGCUUCAUCAGCCCAUCCUCUCAGGUGUUCAUCUGUCUGAGCCUCAUUUCAGUGCAGUUAGUGAUGGUGUCAGUGUGGCUGCUGCUAGAAGUUCCCGGCACGCGACGCUUCACCUUACCAGAGCGGCGGCAGAUGGUCAUCCUCAAGUGCAACGUACGCGACACCAGCAUGUUGCUGUCGCUGGGCUACGACGUCCUUUUGGUCAUACUGUGUACUGUAUAUGCCUUCAAGACCAGGAAGUGCCCCGAGAACUUCAACGAGGCAAAGUUUAUUGGCUUCACCAUGUACACCACCUGUAUCAUUUGGCUGGCUUUUCUGCCCAUCUUCUAUGUCACAUCCAGUGAUUACAGGGUUCAGACCACGACCAUGUGUAUCUCAGUCAGCCUCAGUGGUUUUGUGGUGUUGGGCUGCAUGUUUGCUCCCAAGGUCCACAUCAUCAUGUUCCAGCCUCAGAAGAACGUGACCAGCCACAGGCUCAACCUCAAUCGCUUCAGUGUCAGUGGGGCGGCCACCUCGUACGCCUCUCCCGCUUCUGUCAGCGCCCACUACGUCCCGACAGUUUGCAACGGCAGAGAAAUUGUCGACUCCACCACUUCCUCUCUGUGACGGACAGAGAAGUCCUGAGUCCAAAUACACUCCUGUUCCCCAAUUGCGACUGUUAGCCAACACGUACACGGUUUUCUCAGCAUCAAGCCCCACUUUGCAUAGUACUGGUACACCUGCACAAUGGAACGGAGUAAUCAUCGAACAUCAACAUGUUUGUUAUUGUGUUUCAGUGGUGUUGAACUGCACUGACAGCUACACUAUUGGUUGUCCUUAGAUUAUGCAGGUGUGCCUAAUAUUGUGCCCUGUACAAUACACAGUGACUCUCCAUGUAUCUCCAAUGUAGAAAGUGUGUAACUAUAAAUUAUUUUCUAAGGCUGUACAUACAUGGAAUUGUUGUAAGUAGACAUUCAAAAAGGACAAAAAAAACAUGUUUUUAGGAGGAUUUUUUGGAGCCUUUCGUUUUUGAUAGCUUUGUUAUGAUGUAAAUAGACAUUAGGCUUCAUGAAGGUAAGGAGAGAGCGUCCCUCAGUGUGUGUGGUGGCGCCGUUUGCCUCACCUUGCAAUAUUCCACUUACUUUUUAUUAUUAUUCUACUCAUGUUUUUUUAGGUCUCGUUGUUAUAAUAAUAAUAAUAAUACAACAUUUCUAUUGUGUAUCUAAACAUUUGUACAGUAUGACCAGCGGUUGAAACAGCACAACAGUAUGAGGGAGGACGUUGGACUGAAUGUCUGCACUGGACGUGUACAAAAAAACAUUACCUUUCCAUUUUAAAUGGAUGGUGUUUUGCGUCAUUCAUCCACAUAAAUAACAUUUUUUUGCAGUAAAAUAUGUUGCUUUUGAUAAUUAUUUUUUAAAAAACCUCUAAUCAUAGAAUCCCUUUAUUGAAAUGGCCAUAGAUUAAGACAUGUGUUCAUUCAAGCAACAAGUGUACACAUGCAUUUAAAAGACAUUUCAAAACAACAGUUGUCCAUUAAAGGUCCCCUAUGAUGCAAAAUUGACUUUUUAAUGAUGGUAUACCAGUAAUUUGUGUCCCUACAGCCAGUUUAUGACCCACAGUUUAUCAUCUCUCUCACUUGUUGGCUUUACUUUUCAUAGGUACUUUUCAAAGGCACUCAAAUGGUCCCUGGGUUUUUAUGAGAUGAUGAAUGAAAAACCUCCGUCCUCUGACUCGCCCCUAUGUACUGUAGAUGAACCCGCACUGUGCAUAUGCCCAUCAUUUCACCUGUAAAAAAUAAAAAAAAAAUCAGGCUUUCCUACACAUCUUAAAAUAAAGCCCGUCAACAAUCCAUUAGUCAGCUCUAAGUUUCAUCAAUUUAUUUUUCUUCAGCAAAUAGGCCAAGCUAGCAUGAUGCUGCUGGUAAAAUGUGAGUGUCAUGUUAGCACUGGAGCUCACAUAGCUAUGCUAGUGUUGCUAACGUUUGUGUCCUCCUGUCCCACUCUGUGAUAUUGUAUUGUUGUAUAUGAUAUAUGGCAUCCAUUACAUUGGACAAGCAGAGUAACAGUGUAUAGGUAAACAGUGGAUAAAUUGCACAAUGGAGCUUCUAGGAGCCACACUCUGUCUGACACAGGCAUGUAUAACCAUAGUUCAUUAGCAUUCAAGCUACAGACACACAAAAGUAGGUGUUUCCGCUACGGAUUCUCAGAAAGCGUCCAUAAGCUGUCUAAACAUUAGCAUCAUGGCUCAAUUUUGGACAACACUUCCAAUACACUUUGGUGGCACUACAGAUAUCAAGAGUAUAAUGUGGGACAAUUAUGUUAAAAAUCUAAAUAAAAUGUGCUUGGAUGAACACAUGUUGUAUUGGAGAAAGACAGAGCAGUGGUAGCUUACUCUUAUUAAUCUGAUUAUUUGUAUCCUGUAUGUGGUGAUGUAUGGCAAUGUGCCUUAAUGUAUGUUUGAUAGUGCUCCAGGUGGAGAUUGUAAAAGGGCACAUUUACAUGACGACCUAACACAUGACGCUAUGCCAGUUUAGUAUUAUAUUCCCUUUGCAUUGAUUGUGCACCUGAAUUGUUACAAAGGAGUCCAAAGGUUGACAUGCGUUUCUUGACCCCACCCUCCCCCGUCCUUCUCCAUCUUGCAAUUAAAAGCACAUCGAGUGUUCAAAUGUU